AUGGUGCGAUGGCUGGUGGUCAUGACAGACACACUGGAUGACGCGGGGAGCUCCCAUCGCCUCCCUCCCUCCUCCUCCUCCCUUGUCACUCUCACGCAUGCGAUCUCCAGCCUCCUCCACUCCAGAGCCUCACAAGUCACCCUAGACGUUCGGGGGCUGGAAGGGCUCGACGAGUUUGGACGGGAAGGGGAGGAGGUGGAGGAGAAACUGAGGAGCUAUCAAGUAUGUGUAGUCCUCGGCUGCUGGGAGAUCGUGCCAUGGGAGCCGCACUGCACGAGUCUUGUCUGCAUGCUUCGCUGCUGGUUGAAAACCUCGAAGCCGCUGUUCUGCGAGGCUACGGGGGCAAUGCUCGUUUGGCAUGUCCUGUGCGCUCCUAUGCGGCUCAUUCCUGAGAACCUCGUCCUCCUGGAACCCGACGAGAAGCCAGCUCCUCCUCUCACAGCAAGGAGCACACAGAGUCCCAAGUUCCUCCUCCAGCUCAUGACUGGGGAGAUCCUUCAGCGUGUUUCGACAGGCAAGGAGCAUGGAUUCGUCCGUCUAGGGAACGCGGGCAUUCGGCGCAGGCGGCAUGUGGUGGAAGAGACGAAGAGGAUGCUGGCAAUCAGAGCUGGGAGAGCGGUAGAGCAGCACUGGUUGAUGGCGAAGCUGCUCAGAUUCUUUCCUUCCGACAACUUGUACAAGGUAUCAACGUCAGUGAGGAAUUGGUACCUCAACGUCACUCUUGGGAAUUCUGAGCGAACAUCGUGCGAGAUGUCAUUCGAAGCUUUCCAAGGAAGCAGAUUUUUGAAGAAGAAGUACAUGUACAACAAUCGAAGGUUUGGUCCUUACCGACAAGACCUUCUGAUAGCCAUUUGUGCGUGUCAGGCAAGAAGAGAGUCGAAAAGCAUCUCAAGAAGAGCAAGAAGAAACCAGAAAGAUCGGCACAUCACGUAUCACAACGCCAAGACUUUCCGUUGGAUCAAGGCUCAGCAGCAGCCCAGCUGUCACUUCUACUGCCACCAGCUGCAAGCGCGCAUGCUGGACUCGUUCUUCAGAGACAACCGGGAAAAGUACCACAACCCUCUCCCCAUCUCCUGCACCAGCCUGCAGGGCAAGGACCUUCUCCCCGCUGACUUCAAGAGCAUCGUUCAAGAGGCUGACAUGAAAGCUGCCGUCCCGAAGCUCGAGUGA